CAGCGCCACCUAAAUAAGGGAAAAGUCAUCUAUGAUUUUGGGGAUAUAAGGAUUAUUUGAAAAGUAAUCAUCCCUUUUCCUGAAAAGAAAACCAUAGAAUGAAAACCCAGUGUAGAAGUGGCAACAUUCGCCAUAGUUUUGUUUUGACUGCUAGUCAACAAACAUUGCGACAUGGAUGAUGUGAUCGAUUUGCGAAUUCAGCGUGUGCUCGAUGAAGAUGAAUCCAGCGAAUCUUCUGAAAGUUCUUCAGGUAAAUUUCCCAGUUAGUUGUUUUCUUCAGGUCAUCCAAUAUAUUGCUACAGCUUGACAUGCUUCUUUACUUGUUGAGAUCAGUGAAUCCAUUUUGACUCUUGCUACCGCCAUGGCCGAUUUUCUAACCUGACUCGAGUGCUCGACAACACUGUUUCGGAUUUGGCAUUUAAAUUUCUGAAAGUGACAUUAAGUUAGUGACAGUGAUUUUCAAGUGGGAAAUGUAAAGAAGACUUGUUUACUGACAACUUGACAUCGCCUGUUUUUUCGUUUAUUUCGACUUAUCCACCUUUAGAGAAUUUGUGCUACUAUUGAUACUUGUAAUAUUAAAGAAUGGCUAGUUAUCUUUUAAAAAUCUUCAAAAAGAAAAAAGAUUCAUCAGAGGAAGCUGAUCCCCGUCAAUCAGGGGAUCAGGCACGUCGAGAAGAACCUUUUGUGUCAUAUGAUACAUCAUUACCAGUUUUACACUCAUAUCUUGGAAAUGACUUGGAAGAACUGAGUGGCCGAACAGUUUUGGAUGAUGAUAGUUGCCAGACAAUACCAAUACUCACUUUACCUGGAGUUAUGCUCAUUCCUGGUCAAAUAUUACCUCUCCAGUUGUAUAAUCCUUCAACUAUUUCAAUGAUGAUUCACAUUAUCCAUAGUGAUCAUACAUUUGGAUUGAUUAACUCUAGGUACAGGUUUUCAGGUAGAAUCUUCACAAAUGUUAUAGACACUAUUGGUACAACAGUUGAAAUUCGAUCAUACCGUGAAGAAGAAGGUGAUUUUGGAGUCAAUAAUUUAAUAAUUAAGGCUGAAGGAAGGCAAAGAUUUGAAGUUUUAGAAACCAGAACUCAGUCUGAUGGAAUCCUUAUUGGGAAAGUUCGAAUUUUACCAGAACUUCAAGCUGGUGAUCCUGGAGAAUGUUCAAAAUUAAGCAGCCUUAACAAGUUUGCAAUACCACCACCUAAUCUGAGUUCUAAACCAUCAAAUAGUUUCCAGUGUAAUCAACUUUUACACCGUAGUUCUCACAAGUAUAACAAGUAUGAUUUUGCAAAUUACACAUGGUUUCCUGAGUUUGUGUACAAAAUGUAUGAUGCUAACGUGCUUAUGAAUAGAAUAAAAACCACGAUGCAAAGCUGGAAUAAGACUAUGCACAGUGAUGCCAUGCCUUGUAAUCCUAAGGAAUUUUCUUACUGGGUAGCUGCAAAUCUUCCUCUGGAUGACAGGCAGAGGCUGGAACUCUUAAAAAUCAAUGAAGUUACUCAUAGGCUGAGGCAUGAAUUGAAAAUUUUAGAAGAGUGUUGUGUUCUGACAUGUAGAGAUUGCCAGGGCAUCAUUGCCAAUCGUGAAGAUAUAUUCAGCAUGUCUCUUCAAGGUCCUCAAGGUACAUAUGUUAAUCCUAAUGGCUACGUUCAUGAAGCUAUAACUGUAUAUAAGGCCAAAGGUCUUCGUUUAACUGGUCGACCUUCUACUGAACAGAGUUGGUUUCCUGGCUAUGCUUGGACUAUUGCCGAAUGUGAAGUGUGUACUAGUCACAUGGGUUGGAGGUUUACAGCUGUUGAUAAGAGUCUGAAACCCAGUAAAUUUUGGGCUUUGUGUCGCGCUGCCAUCCAAAACAGGAUAAAUGGUGAUGGUGAUGAACCAAACGAACUGUGAAUAUUUUAGCUGAGCAAAAUGCUAUUCAUGUGAAUUUUUCAUUAUUAUCAUGCCAGUUUAUUGAACUCUAUGUAUAUUAAAAUGGUUAACUGUUUAUAGAUAUUGUAUUGACAUUUGAAAAGUGAAAAAUAAUAAUGAUUUUUUUUUCUUAUUUGGUUUUUUGGUAGAAAAUAUAUAGAUUUUUUUUUCUUUCUGAAAAGGAGCGCCUGAUUUAUUCUUAAUUGAUUAACUUUAUCAACAUUGAUUCAUUUGUUACAGUUUACUGUUGUCAUUCAUAGUUUUGAAUAUUAGUAUUAUUUUUAUUUCAAGGCAUGUGUAAAACAAGAAUUUAUUUAAAAGAUAAUUUUUAAUACUCAGAUAAUUGUGUAUGCAUGUAUAGAAAAAGAAGUGUUUACUUUUGUUCAAAAGAAUGAAGACAUGAACAUAAGUUUUGAAAUAAUUACUCUUGAUAUGAAAUAAAUUUGUAAAAUAAAAUAUAAAGUAAUUAAUAAAUUAUGUCUAAAUUAAAAAUACAUUAUUCAAGAAAUAUUACCAGAAAUAUUAUAUAUAGGAAGAACAUUUAUUUAAAAUUAUAAAUUUCUUUCUUUUUAUUUUCCAUAAAAUUCAUUUUUUUUAAAUUUUGAUUUAUAAAGGGGAUAAAUAAUUUCACCUGGUUAUUAAAGUUAUUUUGUUAUUAAUACUUGUAGUUUAACCCAUUGAUUUUUGUAAUGUUUGUAAUGUUUUGUAAUGUAAAUUAUUAAUAAAAACGAUUUAACUUAUAUAAUUACAAUAAAAAACUUUAGUACAUUGGAAUUAAAGAUUUAAAAAAAUCGAUCCUAAAAUUUUUGAUGAUGGAAAAUUAAAUGAUGACUGGAGUUCAUAUUUUUGUUGCACAUAUUGAAAUGCUACUAUCAAUAAAUCAAAUAAUUAAUAUGCAUGCAAGAAAUAUUUUUUUUUUCUGAAUAAAUUAUUGAGCUGCCGUUCAAAUUAUUUUUUAAUGGAAAAUUCAGAAAUUAUUAUUCAUACUGGAAAUAUCUUACUUCUGAAUAAAUUAUUGUUUCUAACAUUAUUUUAAUGGAAGAUUCAGAAACUUUAAAGAGCUAUAAGUCUAGUUACAACUAUAGAAGAUUGGCAGUUAUAUAUUGAAUAUUGUGAUUGUCCAUUAUAUGCAACAAAUAUUUAAAGCGUUUCUGAAGUUUCAUAGCAAGCAUGCUUAUUAUUGAUUUUUGUACCUUAAUGAUACUUUUUAAUAUAAUUUUUAUUAGCAAAUUUAAAACUUCAGUUAACAUUUUAACUGGAAAUCACUUUUCUUUAUAUUUUCAACUUUUUUUAAUUUUAAAAAUAGUCAUGUAAAUAUGUGUAUAGAUGAAGUGCUUAUUAUGUGUUCAUGUAAAUAUAUUUCAUUAAUGAAGUAGGAAACAUGUAGAUAAUUACACAUAAUAAGGCAUGUUUUAAAGCUAAUAUCGAAAUAAAAGGAAGGUGCUUUUGCAUUGUCCUUAAUUUAUUAAAAAAAUGAUUAUGAAAUGCAUCAUCUGAAUUUUUUCCUAGCAUUUUUUAAAAACUUUUUUUGAUUGGUUUCUUUUCAAUUCUUUGAUAAAAUAUUCAGAAAUUUAAAUUUUUAAAAGUAUUUUUUAUGGUUUAAACAUUAGUGUUUAAGAUCUUCCUUGAAACGAGGGAGUUUUUACGUUGAUUAAUUUCUUUAAUUGAAUACCAUGAAUAAUUUAUAUAAUGAAUGGAAUUAAGUAUUUGAGAGUAAAAUCAUGAAAAAUUAUUAAAUGUUGUGUUUCAUUUCUUUUUAAAAAGUCAUCUCAUGUGUAUUGCAAGUAAGAAAAAUUAUUAUUUUUUUAUGUAUGUCUACUGAUAAUUUUUUUAAUGAUUAAUAUGAUUAUUUUUAUGUACAUAUUUUUGUUAAUUCAGAAUACAUCUUGCUGUCACUUCACUUUCAAUUUCAAAAUAAAUCUUUCUGCUUUAUAUAUUGUUAAUUUUCCAUUCCAAAUGCCAAAGUUUAUUUUGAAUAUCAAAAUGUAUGAACCAUGAUCUUGCAAUAUUGAUUCAUAAGUGUAAAUUUGUGAAUAUUUUCUGGAGAUACUGGAUAUUCUGAUCAUUGUAAAUAGAGGAUUAUUAACAUUUAGUAAAUAGAAUUUCUGUGUUUUGUAAACUAUAAUAAUUUAACUUAUAUUUUAUCUUUAUAUAAUUCAUUUUUAAAAAUUUUGAUUAUUAUAAUGGAAGAUUUAUUUAAAUAAAAAUGAUUUAGGAGUAAAAAUAUUUUUGUAUUGCAUAUUUUAAUCUCACAUUUAAUUAGAAAGUUUACAAAAAAAUCUUAACACAUAUGUAUUUUUUGGUAUAAAUUUGUUUCACUCUAUGUAUCAAACUUUUGUUAAUCACUGGCAAUUAUUUUUUUUCAUGUAUUGUCAAUGCCAUUUUUAAAAAUCUACCGAUAGUUAAAAAAUACUAUUUUUUAUUAGUUUCUAUUCUAUGUAUUUAUCAAAGGACACUAUUGAAUUCUGUUGACUUCUUAUUUAGUCUUAUUGUUUCUUUAAGUAUAGAAUGUUCCAAUUUCACAGUUGUAUUUUAUUCUUCUUUAAUCCAAGAUCAAUUCUGGGCCCUAAAUUUCUAUAAAUUUUGGGAAAACCGAUUUUAAAUACACCACAUUGCAUAAGAAGAAUAUAUAUAAAAAAGAAGAAAAUUGGUAUUUUCUAUAGAAUGGAUUUCUAUAGAAAAUCUAUCUAUUCUGUGUUAUAUAAAAGAUGUAAUUAAUUUUAUAUAUUUGGUAUAGUUUUUAGAUCUAGAAUCGUUUUGAUUUGUCUUUUAGUGUGCUCACAUGUAAGACCAAUACUUAAUACAUAUAUUAUAAGCACUAGGAAAGAAAAUCAAUGUUAAUAUCGUAUGAAAGAUUUUAAUUUUUAUGAUAAUGGUUUUUCUUUGUUUCUGACUUCAGAAUAGAUCUUCGUCAAUUUUUUUUUUUUUUUUGCAAUUGAAUUUGUUGGAGUAAAGAUGAAGAAACCCAGUUUUAUUAGUAGUGGUUUUAUUGUUUUCAAUAAUUCUUUUUUGUUUUCUAUUUCUAAACAUAACGUCUUAAAAUUCGCUUAUUUUGCAAACCAUUUGUGUUUAGAAAAUUACCUUGAGUGUGCUGAUUAAACAUGUAUACUGUAAUAACUUUAACUCCCAAAAUUUUUUCCAAAAAUAAUUUCUCACCAAAAAAUAAAAUAAAAUGCCAAUUCAUUCAAUUUUACUUGCUUUAAAAUUGUCUCGCUCUAUGUAAUAAAACUGUGGAGUUUUCAAAUCUGAGUAUUAAAGAUUAUUUUCAUACAUACAAAUCUUAAUAGUAAAAUGUGAUAUCUUUUCUUAGUGAAGUUUAUUAAAAUGUGCGCUUUCGCUAAGCUAAUAUAUUAGGGAAAUUAAAAUCACAGGGAAAAGAAUUAAAAAAAGUAUAAUUAAUAUCAUAUGAUAAGAAUAAAUAUAAGAUAAGAAUGAUGUCUGUUUAACAGCUUUAUUUAUAAUGUAGGUUCAAUAAUUAGCAGGGAAAAUAAGCAUGUCAAUUAAGUUUGUGUUUAGCCCAUGAUAAAUUUACCAAUUUCAUUAUUAAAUUAUCAUUAUUUAAUGAUAGUAAAAGAAAAAAAUGUUUUUAGGUUUUUAAUUACAGAUGAUGCAAAGGAAUAAAUUUAGGCCAAAUUAAAAUUUUUGAAAAAAAUUAUUCAUAAUUAUUUAUAGAUAAUAAAUAGGUAUGAAGAGCAAUUUAGAAAUUUCUGUUGACAACUAAAAGCAUCUGCCACAGCGGUUUUUCUUCAACAUGCUUGUCUGCUUGUAUGAUACACAUAGCUGUUAUUUUUAAAUUUAUAUUAAUAUGCAGAGUUCAAAAGUGUGAAGCUUUAUAAAUCUGCACUAUAUAAAGCAUUAAUAUAAUGGAAAACUAUGCUGGAAUUUAGCUUUUCUUAAGUUACAUUUGUUGAAUGAGCUGAUGAUAAAUGAAUUAAAUGAUGGUAUUAUUAAGCUAGUUUUUGGAAUUUGCAUGAAUAAAUUUCACAUACAUGAAGGAACAAAGGAUGAUAUACAUUUUAUUCUUGUAAUACAAUGAAUUCAAAUUUAAGAAAAUCUUUUAAACUAUUUUUAAUUUCAUUUAAGGUAAUCUUCAGUAUAAUUUGCAACAAAUUAUAAUGUAAAAUUCUGUAAUAAAUUAUGAGAAGUGUUUCUCAUUAAUCAGGGUUAUUUCAAUAUCAAUAAAUAAAGUAUCAAAAAUUAACUCUUUGGGUCAUCUUUAUAAUGGUGUAGUAAGGGUAGGUGGUACAUGGGGCUUUUUUUAUACGUUUCUUUUCUUUUCUUUGCUCUGGCCCUCACCAUAUUUGGAGUUAAAAAUGAAAGAAAUGCAUUACUGUUUUGUUCUUUAUGGUAAAACUAGACUUGGGAACAUGAUUGCAUUCUAUAUUUCUCUUUUAGAGUAGCAUUUGUGAAACUGAUCCAUUUUUGAUGGUGAUUCUAGUUUCAUAUAUACCCAAAUUUAUGUUAAGAACUCAUAAUGAAGGGGAAUAGCAUAUUUUGGUCAAAGUACCAAAACUAUAGUACCUGAAUUAAUGUGACUUGACUCCAAUAUAGGGAAUAGAUUACCUUCCUGGGGAGCUUUUUCACAAGAACUGAUUUCAAUUGAAGAACCUGGAAACUAUAGGAAUAUUUGUGUUUUCUUGGAAUAAAACUUAUAGCAAUUUGCCCCAGACAGAGUUAUUAAUUCAUUGUUAAAGUAAACAACUGUCUACCAGUUUUACUAAUGCUAGUUUGGAGCAUGGUCACAGUAUUCUGUGGCCAUACUUCAAUAAACAACUUUCUUCUGAUUUAUGUUUCUUAUUUAUGCUAUGCAUAUUUCGCUUGGGAAGUGGUUGACUGACCCAAUUAUAUGCUUUUUUUUUUAAAUGUGUUCACUUUUUCCUUUCUUAAGAACAACCUGAAAUUAGCUUCUUUCGCUGUUCUUUCAACUCAUUAGCACCCAGUAUGCUAUUUAUAGAGCAUUUAACGUUCCCUUCCAUGAUUAAGUCGAUCGCAUUGAUUCUUUCAUUUUUUGUGUACCCUUUAGUCGGAUUUUGAAAUCUAAGUGCCGUCAUUUCUCUUUAAUCACAAACGCGAAAAAUGAGAAAUGGCAGUUCUCUUUAAUUUAGGCAAGUGAAGUCAAUGUAUAGUCAUUUCGGGAAAAAACAAAACAAAUCCUUUUGUUUACUUUUGAGAUAAUGUUAUAAAUGCGGAAUUUACAUUUUUCAAAUAUUUUAAUGUAUUAAAUUUUUUUUGAUAAGUAAUAUUUAGUCGUAGAUAAAUUUUUAAAAGAUUUUCUACAACAGCUUAAUUUAUUUAAAAGAACUUUAACGAAAUUUGCUUUAAAUUAAAUUGAAUGUUAGAGGAUUAAUAUAAUCAUCAUAUUUUAUGAUUUUUUGUAUUGUUAUCUUUAAUGCCAUUUAAAGCAAACUGGGAUUAAAGUUAUGCCAGUUUACUUGUAACUUAUAUAUGAUUGAAAUAUCCUUUCUUUCAUGCCCAUCCAAUAGCAAUCCAUUUGUUUAUUCCCACAUAUUUGUGUUAAUUUAUUCCUGUUGUUAUUGGUCUUGCAUUGCGCCAUGGGAUAGUAUUAAUUUUCUCUAUUGUCCUUCUCAAUAAGCUUCAAAAAGUGGAAUAAAUGAACUCAUUUUUAUUUUCUUGAUGCGUUUCAGAUCUUUGGCACAUCUAUUCCCUCAUCCCAACCCUUAUGCCACUGUAUUAAUUCCGAGUAAGUUUGGAUCGUCAAGAUUCUAUGGUUUCAUUUAUAUUAGUUAUUGAUUAAUAUAUAUAACAACCCUCUGCUUUCUAUUUGAAAUUGCCAAUUUACAGUACACUAUCACAGGGCGUUAUUAAAGCAUUACCGAGUUAUAUGCAUUUCGAAGUGAAUGGUUCUAUGAAACUAGCAUCAUCUCUUUACUCCUGAAUAUUGCAUUUUGCUACUUGUUCCUGAAACGGAUAUUAUGCAAAAGUGUUGUUUGGAAUUCCUAUAUUUGUUGAAGGUUUUAAGAUAUGAUUAUUUUUUGUAAUUUGAAUGAUAUGUCUCGUGUGUUUUCUUUUUGUAAGUUAAUCUAUCACUGUUUCAAUGUUAAUGUAUAUUGUGCGUGUAAAUAAAUGUUGGCUUUAGAA